AUGACGACGACAGUGUGCUACUCCCCCAACGGCGGGGACCAAUGCGCCUCACCGUCAGGGCUCGCGCCAUACGACGAGAUUUCGUCGCCGUCGUCAUCAUCGCCUUCGUCGUCUCCCGCCAGCGAGCACCACCAGAGGUUCCCGACCGGCCUCUUUGGAGUCCAGACCUACGGCGUUGAGGAGACGGAGGCGCUCGCAAAAGGAAGGAAACGAAUCCGCGCGUCUGGUCGCGGGCGGUUUCCUCUGCUCGGGGGCGCCGGCCGAGGGAAGAGGAGGCGGCUCCGCAGCGGCGGCGAAUCCACCAUCACAAAGACCACCGAUAUCACUACGACCACAUCCGGCCGCGCAAAGAUGCGUCCUUCAAAGAACGGCAUGACGGGUCGAGAGAGGCCGAAGACGUCGAGGAGGAGCCCAGCGGAGACGGAGAAGGUUCCUCGUUUGCCGCACCUGCGCUUCCCGGAGUUUGGGCUGAUGAUGAAAGAAGCUGGUAUUUCGGCCACGAUCGAAGGUAGUGACCCCACGUCUGUCCAUGGGGAGGGUAUAGACGUGGAAGCGUCCUCGAACGAGAGUAUUUUGUCAAAGGACAGGUCUCCGAGCUGCCUACUUGGUCUUCGUGACAACGACGACACCGGAGGCCGGGAAAGCCCCGAGAAACCGACAAAAGACGAGCCGGGAAUUCACCGACCCGCGUCUGACGACUUUGAAGGCCGGCAGAUGGACGAGGAGGAAGAAGCUCCCCACGGACUGAGCUACGAUAUCCCUCGUCCUACCACCGGCCUGGGCUGGUACGAAGAUGAUGCGUCGUCGGUGAAAUCCGCCGUCGACCACUCCGACUCGCAGUCGAGCGUGCGCGACCCUGGCGGAUCGGCGGAAAGCAUCACGCUGGAAUCGCAACCCCAUCCUGUACACCAGGACCCUUUACGAUGCAGUCCGUUUAUCCGCUGCUGCUCUCAAGCGUCACCUUUACCCGAGGUAGGGGAGACCCCGACAACAGAAAACAAGCACAGCAAGCUGAACCCGUCUAUGAGCACCGUCAUGAAGCACACGAGUAGCUUCCUUCAGUUCAGCACGGACGACGACGACGAUGACUGGCUGGGCCCACGGCCCGAGGAAUCUGGUUCAGCCUCACAUCAACAUGUCGAAUACCCCCCCGCUCACGCAGAACCCUCCUCUAACUCCAUCGUGGAUGACUCAAAUCCUGUCUCCCCUACAUCACGUAGAUCCUUUUCAAUCUCAAGAGAAGAGCAAGAGCAAGAGCAAGAGAUCGACGACAUCCUCGACAUCUACGCAACCUCCCCUGACUGUGUCCCCUCCACCACACCCGUCCAAUACAGCGACUUGCCCCCUUAUCCCCCAUACCACCCCUCCGCCUCCGCCCCCCUCCGCACGAUCGCUCGCGGUCUCUCUCUACCUCCCACAACCUCCUUCGCCGACCUCCAGGAGUGCCUCGCCCGCAACGCAAACAUCCUCCGCUACCUCGUCCUCCACCGCAUCCCAUCCCCCUCCAUCAACCCCAUCGAGUACGUCACCGACCUCGUGGAGCCGAUCCUCCCGCUCCCUCUCCCGCCGCACCCCUCCCUCGCCCAGAAUCACCCCCCGCACCCGCGGCGGCGCGAGUACACCGGCCUCCUACAGGCAGUCCGCUCGGUCCAGUGGUCCGCCGACGCCAUCAACGACAUGCUCGCCGUCGUCGACUCGGAUCCGUCGCCGCCGGGGAGCUGCGGACGCCCCUCGACGGCGCUGCCCAUGUUCCGCAAGCUCCGCGCCGCGGACGCGCAGCGGAAGGGGUGCCUCACGUCCGCGCAGCUGCACAGGCUGCACCGCCACGGGGUGUCGCUGCUCGACGUGUUGCAGAUGAACGACGUCCCCAAGGUCGUCGCCCGCGGGCUGAGCGAGCGGUUCAUGGAGGCGGCCGAGAGCGGCGUGUUGGAGAUCGCGAAGGAGGGCAACCUGCUCGACGAGGAGGGCGCCCUCCUGGAGCUGCUGGUAGACCCGGACGAUAUCGUUCCGACGAGCCCUGGGAGCGAGAGGAGGGGCAGGCCUCGGGUAUGGAGCGGGCUGAGGAAUUGUGUUGGUGUCGACGAGGAUGACGGAGAGACGACGGACGACGAGAAUGAGAACUACGAAGCGCAGGCGGCUGUUGGAUCGCUUUUUCAACACGUGGACGACGGGCACGAUGUCGACAACAUGUCGUACACCGUGAGCCCCCUGUCUCCCGCCACGGAUCCCGGCGAGCAUGGCUGGGACCGCCACGAGGUAUCCCCGCUGACGACGUCCUGCCGCCUCCAGGAGCUCGAGGCUCUAUUCCACGAAGCCCGGGUUCUUUCUUCCGAGAAAAUCCGUCCAGCCGACGGGACGACCCCCGACACGCCGCGCAAGACGCUCAGGAGGACGCGCAUGCUCCGGACGUGCGGCGACAGGGGUGGCGUCCUGGUCGACGAGGAGACGGCCAAGAGCCCCGAGAUGCAGCGCUUCUUCCACGAGAUCGGGGCGGCGCCGCCGGCGGACGCGGACUCUCGGCUCGUCAAGGGGGGCAGGAGGAGCUGGGGCGUGGACCUCGGGGGGAUGUUGAGCGCUUAG